CCUGGAUCCCUUCAAACUGCCUUACUGUCAGCUGUGUAUGAUUUCGUGCAUGGAGCAACAAUGGUUGUUUGGCAGCGGCCUCAGCCUCAUGAGCAGCCCCAUAUUCGGCUCCCGUUCGGUCUGGCCCCUCCAACCCCCACCGUCGCAAAAUGGAGCCUCGAGCCAGAAAUUUAAGGACCUGCCGAAUCUGUAAUAAUGUCGCCAGCGCGGGAUCACCGGUCGUGGCAUGCUCGGCAGUUGUCUGCCUGAUUACAGUAGACCUUCAUAAGUGUCGCCAAACAUCGCUAGGAUCGUGCGAGAGUCUCGCGACCAAGCUAACAUACACCGCGAACUUUGCUGCAACCUCUCAAGAUGGGCUCCAUUGAAAAGAUAGAAACCAGGUUGUUCAUCCACGGCAAGUUUGUUGAAUCAUCGAAUGGGCAAACCUUUCCGAUCAGAAAUCCCACGACCAGGGAAGUUGUUGCUGAAGUGCACGAAGCAAGCGAAAGAGACACUGAUGCGGCUGUCGCUGCCGCCAAAGCAGCAUUCCCAUCAUGGUCGGCCCUCUCCCCGGAUGAAAGAGGCACGUUUCUGAAAAAGCUGGCAGCUCUCCUUCGCGAAAAUGGAAAGGAGCUCGCCGCCCUCGACGCCAUGUCCAUGGGACGACCAGUCUCGACGUACUUCGACAACUAUACGGCAGCAAGCUCUUUCGACCACUACGCUGAAGCAGGCUACGAUGUCCAGGGGGUGACCAGUCUCAACACGCCUGGUUUCGUCAACAUGACAUUCAAGCAACCGUACGGAGUGGUGGCUGCCAUCAUUCCAUGGAACUUACCAUUGGUGUUUGUUGGGAACAAGGUGGCUCCAGCGCUAGCAGCAGGAAAUACGGUUGUCCUCAAGAGCAGUGAGAAGGCCCCUUUGACCUCGGCCAAGUUUGCGACUUUGGUAGAGAAGGCUGAAUUCCCCCCAGGCGUGCUCAACGUUAUUUCCGGCCAUGGUCAGACUUCUGGCGCAAUCCUAUCUUCUCAUAUGGAUGUCCGAGCAAUCAGCUUUACUGGAUCGUGCCGUACCGGCCGCCUGAUCCAGACUGCAGCUGCAAAGUCCAAUCUGAAACAUGUCAUCCUUGAGCUGGGAGGCAAAUCACCAGCCAUCGUUUUCGAAGACUGCGAUCUCGAUGACGCGGUUGCCGAGACACAGACCAGUGUUCAAUGGAAUAGCGGGCAGGUGUGCAUGGCGAAUAGCAGAAUUUAUGUCCAAGAGAGCAUCGCCGACAUGUUCGUGGAGGCGUUCAAGGCCAAAAUUGCUGCCAUUUCCCCAGGUGAUCCUCUCGAUCCUGCAACGACACACGGACCUCAGGCAGACGCCGCCCAAUACGAGACCGUCCACAAAUACAUCUCGGCAGGAAAAGAGUCUGGGGAGCUGGUCUUGGGUGGCACGCCCGAACUUGCUGGUUUGCCCGAUAAAGCUCAGAAAGGCUACUUCGUGCCGCCCACCGUCUUCUUAAGAACACGAGAAGAUGCAACGAUCAUGAAGGAAGAGAUCUUUGGACCGGUGGUAAAUAUCAACACCUUCAAAACCGAAGAGGAAGUGUCUGCCAAAGCAAAUGACAGUGAGUUCGGGCUCUACGCCGCCGUGUACACCCGGGACAUCAACCGAGCGAUGCGCUUCGCCAAAGCGCUGGAAGCGGGCACCGUGGGAGUCAACUGCACGAGUCCUUUUGUCGCCAAAGACAUGCCAUUUGGCGGCUUCAAGAGCAGUGGAGUGGGAAGAGAAGGAUUUGGGUUCAGUCUGAACAAUUUCCUCGAAACCAAGACUGUGAUGAUCAAAAUAAAACCAUAGGUGUUCAUUAUCAUAGAACAAUGUCAUCAAGAGUACAUUUCAGCAUCCUCAUGUCCAGGUUGCAUGUCGCCUUGCAACAGAUCUCUGCGCUGCUGCCUCGCCAGGAUGUCUCUCAAUUGAGAUUCUGCAGUAACCACCGGGCUGCUGCGACCGUGGACCCAAGUGGUCAGAGCAUGCAGUUCCCCGCUCGGUAUCAGAGACUGAAGCCUUCGGAGGAAGCUCGUUCGGCAGGCCGGAGCUGAAGAUAUCGGAGUUUCGAAAAUAUUGGCGUGAUCAUAGCUGUAUAAAACAUAGUGACGGCCUCCUUCGGAAACAACAGGAGGAUCAGACACCGUGGCCGCGUUGGCGCCAGCAGAAAGAUAAGUUUCCGAGACCACCGCAUUUGUCACUCUAGAUGGAGCCUCCCCGGCUUCGUGAUCAGCCGGCUGAUCUCUGAGCAACUGUCGAGGACCAUGUAAGGGUUCAGGAUGAGAAGUCCCGUUAUGCUCUCCGGCAACUGGGGGCUCUUCGGCGAGCACAGCAGGUGCAGAAUUGUUGCGCACAGUGCUAGAAGCGGGCCUGGCCACAGUCUCUGUCGGCACAUCGCUCCUCAUCCGCCG